CAAGUCGGCUGCUGAGGCGCACCAUCCCGCAGAGCGGCCACCUCAUGCUGCCACGCAGACUCUGGAUGCAGACAGUACCUACGCAGGGUUGUGAGGUGGUGAUCCAGUUCGGCGCAGGCGCUGAUGACGCCGCCGUGUCAUGGCUGGCAGCGCGACUCAGGGCGCGUCUGCCGGAGCUCGUGCUCACCAUCAAGACCACGUCUACCUCGUCACGGGCUAUCUACCUCUGCGCCUCCGUAGACGGGCUGGUGAAGGGCGCCGAGGAUCUUCGUCUCCUGAAGAAGACCAAAGCAGAGUACGGCAGCGGCAGGCGGGAAGUCACCAGCUCCGACCUAUCUAUUUUCGAGGGUGUAGAGGAUCUGGGGUCGUUCUUCACAGGGCAGGAGCGGCACACGAUCGUCCAGUACUUGCUGGACUCACUGCAGUCCAGUGAGGAGGACAUGGAUUCAGUCGUGCCCCUCAGGGUCGGAGAAGCAAUAAUCUCCAAGUGGAAGUCAGCAGGACUGAUAGACCAGGUUUUCCCUCUGCACGACCACGCCCUGCUCUCGGCCCUCCAGAACUCCUGGGUGCAGACCUUCUUCAGGUACCAGCCUUUAGACGCAAUUCGAGAUUAUUUCGGCGACAAGAUCGGCGUAUACUUCGCAUGGCUCGGCUUCUACACGGCAUCUCUGGUUUUCCCGGCAGUUGUGGGCGUCAUAUUUUGGUUGAACUUCUGGGGCUCAGACCAGGCGGUGGAAGACAAAGCGUUCGUGGCGCUGGCGUUGCUGAACGUCGUGUGGGGGACGGUGUGGCUCGAGGCUUGGAAGCGCCGUAACGCUGAGCUCGUCCACGACUGGGGGCUGCCCGCUGACCUCCACGACCUGCUGCAAGAACCCAGACCACAGUUCAAGCUCAAAGCCGUCAAAUCUCGACUUUUUAGCAAGGACAACCAGGAAUUCAUUACCGAGCACGUGUCCGUCCUGCUCAAAGAAGGCAUCAUGGAGACCGGCACCUUUCCAUGGAGGGCGCAGAUCGUUAACGCUAGAGACCCUGUGAACCGACAUAAGAAGCAAAAUCCCAUUAAUUUUUCUGACUGUACCCUCGCAUCUCUCACCGCGCAGGGAGAGAUGAGGCCGAGCCCCGUGACGGGCAGACUGGAGCCUUGGUUCCCGACGUGGCGACGUAACGUCUUCCGUUAUUGUGUCACGUUACCGCUCGUCAUUUGUUGCUUGCUCAUCGUCUUUGUCGUCAUGUUGCUCAUUCUUAAGACGCAGGACUACGUGGAUGACGUGAUCGAGAGCCGCGGCUGGCCUGGGCUGCUGGGCUGGGGUCCCAAGCUGCUCAUGGCGGUCGCCAUCUCCUUCUUUGAUGAGUUCAACACGCGCGUGGCUGUGUGGCUCAACGAUCACGAGAACUACCGUGCCAACGAAACGUAUCACAAUCAUCUCAUCGCCAAGCUUGCAUUGUUUCGAUUCGUGAACUCGUUCCUGGCUCUCUUCUACAUCGCCUUUUACCUCAAAGACAUGGAAAGGCUAAAAGAACAACUGGCGGCGCUGCUGCUGGUGCGCCAGAUCGUGGGCAACAUCAAGGAGUCUUGCGUGCCAUACUUCAUGGAGCAGCUGCGGCUUGCCAAGCUCAGCUUUGAUCUCUUCGGCGCCUUGUCACCGUCCCAGGAAACUGCCAAGACUUGGCCUGUCAACUCGCCCCAGCAGCAGGAAGAAUCGGCGCACGAAUCACCGGAGAAUUCUGUUUCCGUGAACGAAAACUGUGAAGUUCGGCGCCGUGUGGUCAGAGACACCUCCUGUCCUGAGGACAACAACACCUCGACAACCUCCUCGUCCGCCGUCCCGGCGUCAACUGAUCAGAACAAGUCAGGUGACGACGGCGCGACUGAGCUGCAGCGGACAACCAGCAGGUCAAGGAUCGUCAGCCAAGCUGAUGUCGAAAGUGACAUGAAGCCCUAUGACGGGACGUUCGAAGACUACCUGGAGAUGCUCAUCCAGUUCGGCUACGUCAUGUUGUUCUCGUCCGCCUUCCCGCUGGCCGCCAUUUGUGCCUUCCUCAACAACCUCAUCGAGAUUCGUUCGGACGCCUUCAAGCUUUGCUGCGUCUUCCAGAGACCAUUUCCUCAGCGGGUCUCCAGCAUCGGCGUGUGGCAGUUAGCCUCAUACCUGCUCAUCAUCGUGCUCGAGGUGAGCAAACUCCUGCUCAUCAUCGUGCUCGAGGUGAGCAAACUCCUGCUCAUCAUCGUGCUCGAGGUGAGCACACUUCUGCUCAUAAUCGUGCUCGAGGUGAGCAAACUCCUGCUCAUCAUCGUGCUCGAGCACGCAAUGAUCGCCCUGAAGUACGCCAUCAGCUACGCCAUCCCUGAUGUCCCUGAGUGGGUCGUGGAGGAGGAGGCCAAGGUGGAGUUCAGGAGGCGGGAGGCCCUCAGGAGGCUCUCUUCUUCCCCACCCACCGCCGACACCUCAACCCCACCCUCACCCAGAUUGAACACUGAAAAAACUGAGAAGGUCGUCAAAAACAACGGUUCUGUGAGAGCCAAGGAAAUAACGGAUAACUCUACCCCUGCAAGAUCUGUUCGUCCUCGGGAUGAAGAUCUGCUCAAGAAAUUCGCCAUCCCAGAGUUUUCGUUACUGAAGCGACAACAUACCACGGAUGCACUUUAUUACCGAAAAAUUUCAUCCCAAGAGCUUCCAAUUCUUAAAAAGCUUCCAACGACUCCAGAAGCUCUCCCAGUGAGCAGUCGCAGACCCCCGCCCACAUCUGAGUCUGUUUCAAACUUCAAAAAACUCCCUAUGUCGCCUGAGAAAAUUACGCUAAAGAAAAUUCAAACCCAUGAACAUCAGACAUCAAGGAAGUUACCAGAACUUCAUUCCGAAAUGAAAGUUUUAUUAGAGGGAAUUGCAGAUAUUCCAUCUUUUGGAGGCGGCGAAACGAAAAGUGGUCAUACGUCCGGGACUAGUAGAGGAUGUGCGGCUUCCAUCACAAAAUCUGAGAGUAAACAUGGUAUGCAUUCCGACAAAGUUCCAGCAGAUACAACUCAUAAUUAUUCGGAAGCACAUUCUCAGUUCACCCCCGCGAAUAUCGAAAAGAAAAAACGCCAAUUCAGCUUCACGUCAGACGACAGAGAAGUACAUAAAGCCGUUCAAGAAGCAUCAGCAGGGUUUUCAAGUCCACGUUCAGUGAGCUCGACGGUAGGUAGCCCAAGUUUCUCAGGAUCACGGCACGUCGCUCAUCAGUCGCACCCACAGCUGUACCAUCACAGCGACAAACAUGCACACGAUAAUGCGGAUACACCUCCACUCCAGACGAUGACUCCAAAGAGGAACUUUCCCAGUAUCGAGUUUCUGCAUCACGAACAGUCUCACCCUCAGGCUCAAGAGAACAGUCCAUUAUCACCCCAGCUUGAUCCAACUUCGCCCAAAAUUGACCCACACAAAAGAAAACCGCCCAGUAAGUUUCUGAAACGAGCUCAAAGUUUUUCACAAUUUUUAAAGAAGAAACCUAAUGUUUCAGAAAAAAGGAAAAAGUCUGGCGACGUAUCUCGGGAUGAUCAUUAUCUUCCAGUUAGUCAAGAGCAGCUGGAAGAGCCGCAGGGGGAAAUGAUGCUAGUGCCCGUCGAAAAAUUGGUGUCUAUUGCGGAUCUCACGGAUGACAGCAGAGAGUUUUAUCCAAAUUAGCUAUCUCCACGCAUGCAUACAGCUUUAAUUCUUUUAAUAAAAAUGUCUCGAAAAUAUUCCUUAUCAAAUAGCUUAACCGCUUUACCUGUCCAUAAAUUUUAGAAAUUAUCACAAAGAUAUUAUUUCUCAAAUUGAACU